AUGUCGCAAAUAUUGCAUCCAGAAGAUGAGCCAAUGUCUGUUUCACUAGACUUUGGUGAAGAAAGAUUCGAUCCAGACUUGAUAGAAGCAGAUGAGAUUAUGGAACGCCAUGAGCAACUAUCGAUGGAAGUCAACAACAGCGUUCAAAUACUAUCCGAUGAUGGUCAGAUCACCAAGAAAAAAAUUAGAGACUUUAAGAAGACGGUAGUUUCAUUAGAAAAUUCCAAACAAAGAGUCAAAUUUGCAACAGAGAAACUCCGAAAGGUUCAAGCUUUUUGCGAUGAUGCAGAAAAAGAGAUUCAGACCAGCCUCCCGAAGCACAAAGUUCUUAGAAUUAAAGACAAUUUGCCUAGUGGUCUAUUCUAUCAAGCACUCGAAGUCAUUCUCCUUUACAAGGGUGAUCUAGAUGAGGUUAGAGAAAAGGGCGAAGAAUUCCGAGAAUUGCUCCUGGCCAAAGAAGAUAGCAUUUCCAAGACCAAGUAUCAAGCAUUGAAGGAUGAGAACCAAAAGCUCCAAAAAGAUUACGAUAGUCUGAGAUCAAAGAGAGAUUCUGAAAAUGAUGCGACUGAAGCAAGAAAGAUGGCAGUCGACGAGCUAUCCAAGCUCGAGAAACACCUUCAAGAAUGUAUUGCUAAAGAUAAAUCUGCGCAAGAUACCAUCAAAACUUUGGAAGAGAAAGCUGGGGAAGCCAACAAGUCAUAUCUUGAGAUUUCCCAAUCUAUGGAGAAACUAGAAAAAGAAGUUGCUGAUAGAAGUUCCACGAAAGAUACCAUGAAAAAAUUGCAAAAUGAGCUUGAAAUGUCUCGAUUUCGUCACCAAACUGAGCUUCACGAAAAAUUGAAGGGGGCAAGAAGAACUAUCGACGAACAGAGUGAAAGACUGUCUGAUAAAAGCCUUGAGAUUUCCGAUCUUCGUAGGGUCCAAGAAACACUUCGAGCCGAAGCGAAAGCAAACCAAGAUCAGAGAGUGCUGGAGAGAGAACUUCUCAGGAAAUCCCAAUCAGAGACAUUUGUUGCACUGGAUAAUGUCAAAUCGAGAGAUGAAAAGAUUACAGAAGGCGACAAAACCAUCAAGAACCUUCAAGAAGAUAGAUCCGCCUCGAGGAGACCGUAG